GGCAAGUUUAGAUGCAGAUGAAGCCCUGAAUGUAGAUUAUCCCAGCUUGUUGUUCCAACAUUACCACAACACCUGCCCAUGUCAAGGGAGUCGCACCAUCAGAACUGAAGUUGGUUGACUUAAUGUCCUGGAAUGAUUCAAUACCAAGUAAGGGAAAAACACAACAACUUAAGUAUGUAAAGAAUAAGUUUGGCAGAGCAAGUUUGGUCCUUGGAGGUUACCGUUACAGUGCUAAGACCAAACGAAACAACAGAAUUUACUGGCGUUGUACAAUUGCAUCCUGUAAAGCAACAGUUAACACACAUGAGGGUCAUUUGGUCAAAGUUGGCACACCACAUAACCAUCCAGCCUACCAGACAGGGUGGUUCAAAAUCAAUGAACCACCAGAACUGUCCUGUGACAGUCAGCAAAGUGAAAAUAAAUCUAUGUCAGAAGAAUUUAUAACAGCGGGUCAAGAGACUCAAGAUGAAAGUGUUCCACUUCACUUGGAAUGUGAGGAAGUGUUUUCAGUAGACAGUGAUGACGAACAAGAUCAAUUUGUAAGUUCAAAUUCAAACUGUGAUGACAACAGCAUUGAUACUCAAAAGAAUAGUAUAUCCUCUAGAUCACAUGACAAAAAACUAAUGGUAAAUGUGGACAACUCAAUAUCUCGAUCAUGUGACCUUGACAACUCAGCAUCGUCCAGAUUAUAUGACAAGAAACCAGAAGGGAACGUUUCAAGACUGGAUACUCACAUGGACAACUUAUUGUCUAGAUCACAUGACAGAUCACAUGAUUUGGAAAACUCAUCACCAUCCAGAUCACUUGACUUGGAUAACUUGGAGUCAUCUAGAUCAAAUGACAAUACAUCAGAGUUAAUGGAAUCGCCUGGAAAGGAAGAAGAAGUACAACAGACGCCAGAACUCUACUCUUCAGUCGAUGAGGAACAUAUAUUGCAGCAAUGAAACCAAGAAAAGUUUACAUAAGGAGACCCCCUCGGCCAUUUACAUAUGCCUCUUUGAUACGACAGGCUAUUGUAGAAUCUCCUAACCGUAACUUAACAUUAAGUGAAAUCUAUCGAUGGUUACACAAUGCAUAUUCAUAUAAACAGAUUGAUGAUAUAACCACAAUGAAGAACAAUGCCAGACAAGUUCUGAGUUUUAAUAAAUGUUUUGUCCGAGUAACAAAUGAAAAGAAUGAAGGAGUAUGGACAGUUAAUGAGAAGGAAUUCGACAAACUUAUUGCACCACAUAGAAGAUUAGAUGGAAGCAGUGAAUCUGUAAAGAAUUCCAAUUCAGUGAUUAAGCAUAAGCAUUGGUUUAUCAAGAACACCAAACAGCAACCAGAGCAGAAUGACCAUCUUUAUCAAGUAUCACAAGAAGCUGCUGUAAAUUUUGAAGUUGAUGACUGUAAUGGAGAAUUAUCAAGAAAAGCUGGCCAACCAGAGGACAAUGAACAUCAUUACCAAGUAUCACAGGAUACUGCUCUUAACAUUAAUGUUGAUGGCUGCAAGGAAGUAUUACCUAGAAAAGCUGGUGAACCAGAGCCUGUACAAAAACUACAGAAUCUUGUGAACAAGAAGCCAUUUUGAUCACAUUAUCAUCACUACGACCACAACUUCACAGGAACAGAUCUGCAGAUUCAUGACAAAAAUAAAUUGUUUGUUUUAUCA